AUGGUUAUUCCCACUUUAACACCCUUCAAACCAAUAUCACAUCCUCCUGGGUAUUUAGAGACUCUACCAAAAAACAUUUUUAAUAAUGUCACAUCUUUUUUGUCAGUGCCUGAUUUAUGUGCAUUGGCACAAACCAGCCGUACUUUAAAUCGUGCGGUUACUAGUAACGAAGAUAUCUGGAUUACUCGGCUACAGAAUAUGGGACUCUGGGGUGCAAAAAAGUCCAAUUCUUUGGAACGACUUUCUGUUUUUCAAGAAGAACCUAAUUCAAUUAGUGAAAAUGAUACCGAAAAGGCUGUCGAUAUAUUAUCACCAUUAUUUGCACCAAUUCCAGGGAAAGCAAAGGACACUUACAUGAAAAUAUAUAAGGUUUUGCGGCCAUUAUACAAUGAUAUUGUUCAAAGUGGAACUCAUCAAGAACCUCUGAUAUUUCGUCUUUAUCGAAAAACUGUUGAUCAGGCUAGUAUCCUGGCUCAACUUAAAAUAUUUUCUAAAUCCGACCCAAAUGACUACGAACAUUAUGAGAAUCUUGAUAAAUUUAACGCAGUUUAUGAAAUGUUUGAAAAUGCCGCACUUGCUGAGUUUGAAGUUGGAUAUGAUCAAAAUGAUAUUGAUGGAAAAGUCAAAAAAUAUGCUCAUGCUCUAGUAACAUUGAAUGGUGGUGACUCUUGUGUCCAAUUAUUUAUUCAAAAAAAUCAUAUCGCCUCUGAUUAUAUCACUGAUUCGUCGUUAUUCGUAACGUCAGAUACAAAAAAGCUGGAUAAUAAGCAACUUCAAUCUACCUUCAAGUUAAUUGCUGAUUCAUUAAACAACGAAGCAGCUACAAUAGAUAAACUAUUUCCUCCCAAUAUACCUGUUUUUUUACCACUUUGUGAAUCAAUUAUAGAAGACAAUAUAUCCGAAUUAUUCAACUUUUUAAUUUCUUUUUUUCGAAAACAAGAUAACAUCAACAAUUAUUUAGAAGCUGUACCAUUUUUAUAUGUUCAUAUGAUGUGGUUUAUUAAUGAAUUGAAGCCAUCUCAAAACUCUGGUCUGGAGUUUCGAACAAAGUUAAAACAAAGUUUUCUGGAUUUAUAUGACUUUAAUAUUGAUACAUACCUUGACUUAGAGUAUCAAGAAUUUUCGCGAUAUGCAGCUGCAGAAACAACAAAAUGGAACGAGGAAGUAACAGAGCAUGAGAUUGCAACCGAAACAUUUCUUCUAAGUAAUGUAACAAAAGAAAAAGACAAAAGUGAUAUUCUUUCUUCAUUUAAAAGAGUAUUAAUGAUGCCUGUAUCUGUUAUUCCAUUUGGGAAUAAUACAAAUGUCCCUGACAAUGCUUCACGAAAUUUUUCUAGUUCAUCGCUAGGUUUAUCCAACAGUACAACAGCAGGAUCUUCUUCUCCGGCACGACCAGGAACACCAUCUGCAAAUCGCCAUUUAGAAGCAACGUUAUUCAAUAAUCGACCUGGAACAUCCGGCUUACCUCUUCCUACUACUGAACUUGAUGCAAGAGCUGCAGUAAUGAACAAUAAGUUAGAAGGCAUUAACACAUUAUUUUCCCUAGAGCUAGCACUUAAUAUUAUGCGGCACGGCCGAGAUUCUAUUGAACGUGCCAGCAAAUUUAUUAGCGCAGGAGGUGCCACGGGUGAAGAAGCACGAGAAAAAUGUGAGGAAAUUUUUGUGGAGCUAGUCAAAACAAUUGGAGGAACCCAUGUUAGGGAUGGCUUUGAAAAGGCACUUGACAUUUUGAAUAAAUAUGAUGCUAAAACUAUGAGAAAAGUUGUAGUUGUUUCAAAGGACGGCGAUGGGAAUGAAGUAGAUGGGGAAGAUACUCAGUCAGCGGUUGAGCCUUUAGCAAUUUUUGCUGAACUGGUGAAUAUUGGAGAUUUGAUACAACAAAUGAUACAUGUUUUUUUUGAAGAAGAGCUUGCUGUUCCAGGUUAUAUCGAUAGAUUGUCUUUUAUAUCUCCUGCAAAUCGCGAAAAAAAAAAGUUUGAAAAGAUGUUAGACUCUUAUGUUGCAAAUGGCAUGAAUCGUGGAAUCGACGUUUUAAUGGAACAAAUCGAAUACAUACUAUUGACCGAACAAAAAGGAUCGGAUUUUAAUCCGUCUUUACCAGUUUCUACAAGCUCAAAAUUUAAAUCUACGGCAACUAUUGAUAUAACGCCGACAAAAGCUGCUUUAAAUGUUGUUUCUUUGUUAAAAACACAUGUAAACUUACUUGCAGGUUCAACUGAAAAAUCAGUCAUUGACGUUUUUCAACAGGAAAUUGCUGUGAGAUUUUUUGGGUCAUUAUCUAAACAUAUUAAAAGACAAGUGAUUAGCAUAAAUGGUGCAGUUAGGCUCCUUUCUGAUUUGAAUUUAUACUACAACUUUAUUUUAUCAUUAAACCAAAGGCCAGUUAUUCCUUAUUUUGCAGCUUUGAAAGAAGUGGGUCAGAUGUUUUUAAUUGAUGGUAAAGACACGAAAGCCCUUGGACAGAUGCUUAGCGAUAUGAGUAGGUUUGGAGGAAUAUUUCAGCCUGAAGAAAUAUAUGAAUUUGUUCAAUGCCGUGAAGACUGGCUAAGGGUACGGCGAAGUGUUGAAAAAGUUAUGUAUGGAUUUGGACUCUCAGAUUGCAACAUCAGUUAG